AUAGGAAGUGAAUUCGUUAAAAUACCCGGAUGAAAAGAAUUGUGUUCUGAAAAAUUUGAGUAACAUAUUUGAGAAUUCUUACGCACUCUACAUUCAUCAUUAUGGCUACAUUGUAUCGAUAUGCCAGCUAAUUCAAGUAUAGACUUCAUCGCGGAAACUCUACGGUCGUCUUUGGGGAGUGAGAAAAGACAAAACCUAGAGGACCGCCUUGUAUCUUCUUCACGGAAGGCUUUACUCACAAAAAUUGAAUUCAAACAGGGGCAAAAAGAUUCUACUUUCCAGUUGUCAUCUUUGCGGAGUAAAUAUAUUCCACUCAAUCCAUCGCAGCCUCAACAGUCUUCUAAUAAUGGAAAAACUGCUUUAAGAGAUCAUAGCAACAUGAAUGGUGAAUCUAGCCAACCCCAUGGGGAUGGUAUCCCUGCUCCUAAGCUCAAUCUUUACCCCUCAGACAGGGUUCAGUUAAAGUGGAAAGGUAGCAGUGAUAUCGGAUGUGGACUAACUAACAUGGGCAAUACUUGUUUUAUGAACUCAACGCUCCAGUGUUUGGCUUAUACUCCCCCUUUACACAAUUAUCUCCAAUCAGAUGAACACCAGAGAAAUUGUAAAAACAGUGGUUUCUGUGUGCUUUGUGAGUUAUCCAGACAUGUUAAACGUUGCUUCAGUCAGCCACGUCAUGCCUCUAUUAAACCUAUGUGUAUCAUACAGAGACUACAAUCAAUUGCUAGACAUAUGAAGUAUGGCAGACAAGAAGAUGCCCAUGAAUUUCUUCGCUACAUGUUGGAUGGAUGUCAGAAAUCUUGUCUUAUUGGAUAUCAAAAAUUGGAUAAAUACAGCAAAGACACAACAGUUAUCAACCGUAUAUUUGGUGGCUAUCUACGUAGUCAGGUGAAAUGUCUCAGGUGUAAACAGUCAUCAGAUACCUUUGAUCCUUUCCUUGAUCUCAGUCUUGAUAUAAAGAAUGCUAACAGUAUCCAGGAAGCCCUAGGAAAAUACAUCCAUCCAGAGAUGCUAGAAGGGGAGAAUGCCUAUCAGUGUACACAUUGUAAAGCUAAGACUGCUGCGCGCAAGCAGUUCACCAUCCAUAGGCCACCUAACAUACUCACAAUUCAGCUCAAGAGGUUUGAUGCACACAGAAUGGGACAGAAGAUAUCAAGACCAGUAGAUUUCCCAGAAUGGCUCGAUAUACGACCCUACAUGAGUGCUAGGAAAGGGGAAGAGAUAAGAUACCAGCUGUAUGCAGUCCUAGUGCACUCAGGGUUCAGCUGUACCAGUGGACAUUACUACAGCUUUGUCCGCUCAAAACACGAUCAUUGGUUCUGCAUGAAUGACAGCUCUGUCCAAGCAACAAAGACCAGCCAUGUGUUGAAUGCUCAAGCCUACCUCUUGUUUUACAUGCGCAAAUCCAAGGCAGCUGUUCUCACAAAGCCCCCACUCAUUGGCCCGCAGCUACCUAACAACUUCCUACCAAAUAAUGUUCAUAAAAAUGCUCAAGUAAGCAAGGAACUAGGCAGUCCGGUGAACAGAACACAGAAAAUAUUUCUCAAUGCCAAGAAACCAGUGGCCACCGUGAUUCCAAACAACAGCAAGAUUACCACAGGGUUCAAUGCAACAUAUAAACAAUCCACUGCCAUGAAACCAAGGGUGCUUAAUAUGCCUUCUUCCAUCCCACAUGUCACUCAGAGGGAGAAGAUAUCAUUUGGAAUUAAGCAAAAGGAUGGUCCUGAAUCAGCAGAUACUGAAAAGGCUGGUUUAGUGUUGAAAAUCAUGAAGAAUGGAAAGAAUCAAUACGAAAGCUUUGUGAAGGAGUCUCCCGAGAAGCUCAAUGGUGCAACUAAAAAUGGACUUGUCCCAUAUGGCCAAGAUUCAGGAUCAGAUGAAGAGAAUCAGGCUCGAGUAGCAAACAUGAAAAAAGAUUCACCAUCUAUUAAAAGCCCUAAAAGGAAUUUAUUUGGAUCACCUCCCCAAGAGAGAGUUGUUUUUGAUAAGACAUUGAACACUACGACAUCAGUGCCAGGAUUGUCUUUGCCUUUAAGUAAGGCUGCUGACAAGGAAAAGUUUGACUCUAGCUCUCAUAAAAAGGAACCUAAAUCUCCUGGUGUCUUAAGUCCACCUAAGUUAAGUGUUAACACUGAUCAGAAGCCAGUGCAGGAGCCUAAGACACCACUAAGUGUCAUUAAGGAGAGGGGAAAGAUCACAAAAGGUUGGCAAAUUCACGAGCCUGAUGUCACCCAUUUGUUAUCCCCUGUUGUAUCUGAGUGUAGCAAUACUAGCAUUAACUCAACUACUGAGUGGCACAUCUUGGACCUGAAUGACCCUCCACCAACACCUACCCUAGCUGAGAGUCAGCAUUCAGGAUGGACAGUCUCCCCUGCCAAAAAGAACCCUUCUAGCCCUAGAAUUGUACUUAAGAAAACAUCAUCUGAUAGCAGUAUUCACCAAAGAGAUGAUAAGGCACCCAGUGAGAGGCUUGUUCAUAAGAAGCCAGAACUAAGCACCAUAACAGAGUCAACAUCCUCAACAAUGCCUUUGCUACUCACACAUCACAAAUCAAAAAAGAAGGACUGUUCUAAGGAAGACGAAGAUAGCGGGUUUGUAUCACGUCAAAAUAGCGACGAUGAUCGGGAUUCAGAUGAUAAGGACCGUUUGGUGAUCGAUCUGCCAACAGAUCGUAAGAAGCACAAGAAACAUAAGAAAAAUAAAAAACACAAAAGGGCACAUGAUGAAGGCAUUGAUGUUGAUGGUAACACAAAUGAAGAGCACUCACACAAGAAACAUAAGAAAAAGAAGAAGCAUAAGAAGAAACAUAGACAUGACGAUCGCGAGCAUAUCAUCGAUGAUGAAAUCCCCAAGGACCAACCACCUAAGAAAAGACGACGUGAGAGUCUAGAAACCAGUCCAAAUGACUCUUGUGGUUCAAAGAAGAAACACCAUUCUGAUGAUAAUGACAACUGUGAAAGGCAUAAUGAAACUCUAAGUGACGUUGAAGCUGUAUGGGUCGAGAAGACCAUUGACACAAUUGAGAAAGACAGACUCUCCCAUAAAUCAGAAGAAAAUACCAGCAAGCGGAAAACUGAAGUCAUUGCCCAAGACUGGGACCAGCAUUCUAAGAAACAUGCAAAAUCCACACCUUCUAAGCCCACAGCUAAAUGGGAUGGCAAUAAGCAUGCAGAAAAGGAUGUGGUGGGUGAACUGAUUCGGAGCUCAUCUAGCCGUGGUUAUGGUGCCUCAGUGAGUUCAUGGGGAGGGGGAAAGUCUAACUUAGAUGAAGAGGUCAAGAGAGAUAAAGCUGAAGAGAGGAAGAGAAGAUGGGAAGAUAAUUAUGAAGAGGAGUUAGAUAAGGGAAAGACCAAGAAGGUUCGCAAAGAAAGGAAAAACUUCAGUAACUAUGGCAACAUCUUCCAGAGGAUGCAUGAAUUUAAGAACAAAUCAAAAGAUUCACCUCAUUUUGAGAAUAAACACCGUGUGCAAAAUCAGAGAAUCUAGGCCUGCCAUCUAUAGUAGAGUUUAGGAAGUAAACCACUCAGAUUAUCACAAACAAAGCAGCCAUUCCUUGAAUCACUCUUACUCCCACUACUCUGAGUACAAAAGUGAUAGAGGGAGUGCAGGUGAUAAUUGGCAUAGCAGCUCCAGUAAAAUUCAUGAACGACGCCAUAGUGGGGGGAGUAGCAGCAGCAGUCGGCACAGUCGCCAUUCUAGCCCAACAAGGUCUCAUGAUAGAUCACAUAGUCGCCAUUCUAGUCCCACAAAGUCACAUGAUAGGUCACAUGACUUCAAGGACCCUGAGCAUAGUUAUAAUCGCGAUGAUCGCUAUGGAUCAAAAUAUUGACGUUAUAAAUGAUAAUGACGAGAGAAAUUUGGUGGUGGUAAAAUGAUACCAGAUAGUCUUAAGAUUAUUGAAGUUUGAUAGAAUUAUGAUUGUUUGAAACAUUCUAUCCAUACCAACAUUGUGUAAUGUUCAUUUAGAAUCAGAGGAUAUACAUAACAAUAGUUCAGUUAACCCAAAGUAAUUUUGCAUUUCAUUUAGACCAAGAUAAUUUUCCAAUGCUUUACUUAUUAUUUGAAGUUUACAGAAAAUGGAGAGUUUGAUUUGCCAGAUGAAACACCCCCGAUCCGCACUCUAAAAUCACAGUACCAUACGGUACAUUAAGUACAUUAAGAGUACAGUACUGCAUGGUACCAUAUUAGUCUAUGGUGCUGUAUGUUACCGUGUUUCACGGUACUGUACAGUACUGUAACCAAAACAGUACCAUAUGGUACCGUU